UUUCCUCUUUGUUUACGAACAAUUUGGCGUCAUUUCCUAUUUAAUAUUAUUAUUAGUUACUAAUUUAUUAACUAGUAGAAAGAUAAAGCCAUGGACGCCAAAAAGAUAUCUUUUGGCUUCAGUAAACUGGCCAAGAAACCAAACAUCCUUCCCAGCAAGCAGCCAAAAGAGGAAAGCAAAGUGGAACUGAUAAAAUGUUUGGAGGGAAACGAAAUAAUUUCGGUGGCCGAAAAAGUGGAGGCCGCCCCGCUGAUCAUCCGAACGAUUGGCAUUCAGAAGACUUCGACCGCCCUGGCCAGUUUGAUGAGGCGACGAGCGGUGCUGCUGGGUGAGGAGGAACCGGACCCGGAGGAGGAGACCUCAGCGGCCCAAUCGAUUGCGGAGGUCACCGCAGGCGGUACAACGGAGAGCCUGGAACAGCGAGCAGCUAGGGAAUUACUAUCCGCCAGCCAAAAUAAUGGUGCCGAAGGCAUAGAUGCUCAGAAACUCGUCCUUCCGGCCGUAAAAGCCGACGAACUACCUCUCGAUGGCGCCAAGGAGGCAACACUCGAUGACUAUGACAAUAUUCCCAUCCAGCAGUUUGGCCUGGCGAUGCUUCGCGGCAUGGGUUGGGUUGAUCCGCCGCCAAAAAAGAAGGGCUCGGGGCCAAUUGACGAUGCUCCCUUCCUGCGACCCAAGGGAAUGGGUCUGGGUGCUGAUAAGGCACUCAAACCUAAAGCACUGCUAGUCCAGCCGGAGAAAAACGAAGUGCUCGAAAUCAAGAAGCAGGCCUACGUACGCAUCCUGGGCGGCAAGCAAAAGGAUCAGUAUGGCCAAAUCCAAGGUUUCGACGACCAUGCCGGUCGAGUUAUCGUCAAAAUGGCCAUUGGUGGUAACAAGGAGGCGUUCAACGAGUUCCUCUGCCAACCCGUGUCCCGGAAAGAGUACUCCCAGUUUGGAAAGUGCAUAAACUCUGCAAAGUACGAAGAGUUUAAAAAACAUGAAAAUGAGCAUGGCCAAAUUGUUGUGAAGCAGGAAAAGUCAUCAGAGAGCAGGGACAGAGACCGAAGAGAGGAGGCAAGAUCACAUCGGACCGAAGAUCACGAUCACAAAAGCUUUAAAUCGGAGGAACAGAGAUCUAGCAAAGACGAGUAUCGCAGGAGAUACAAGGAUGAGGAUAAAAAGUCUUAUAAGGAUGAAGACAAAAAGUCCUACAAAGAUGAAGAUCGCAGGGCAUUUGAGGGUGAUAGUCGAAGAGCACACAGGUCUUACAAAGAAGAGGGCAAAGCUUACAAGGAUGAGGAUAACAGAAUGAAAUAUGUACAAGACCCACGAAGCAGUAGCUCCUCGGCCUCUAAGCGCGAGGAGCGUGAGCGGCGUCGUUCGCCCAGUCCCAGCAGCAGAAGUUCCUCUAAAAGUAAGCGCGACGCCCGUGAUCGGCGGCGGUCACAGAGUCCCAGGAGUAGCAGAAGGGCGAAGAGCAGUUCGGAUGAGGCGGACGACACGGGAGAGUCCACCGAAAGCGACUCGGACUCUGCAUACGAGCGCAGGAAGCACAAGAAAAAGUCAUCCAGUCGGAAGUCCAGAAAGCACUCGAAAAAGUCAAAAAACAAGUCGAAAAGGGCGGAAGACGAGUCCAGUUUAGAGAGCGAUGAAAGCCCUAAUGAGAAUCAUCGUCGGCACCCCAGCAAGCAUAAAAAGAAGACCAAGAAAAGCAAACACGCAAGAUCCCGCACGCGGUCUAGAUCUAGGGACCGGAAGUGAUUCGAUCUAUUCAGUUGAAAUC